AUGCAUAAUUUGCAAUCUAUGCGUAAGAAUAAAAGAUAUAGAUCUCGUUCUCACUCUUUACUGGACUCAGUAGAUAAUAACAGCUUUGGUGAUAGUAUUGAAUGUAAAAGAAGAUUUAAUAAGUGUGAAAACUUUGUAAGAGAUACUUCAGGUUAUAGCAAAUAUUCAAAAUCACAUAGACAUUAUAGAGAUCAUGCUGAAGUGGAUCAUUCAAGUGAAGAAGAAGAUUUUCUAAGAAGAAAAAAAAAUUACUACAAACAAAAUGAAAAGAAAGUCAAGAAUUACAACAGUAAUGAUGAUAAAUAUACCAAAUAUAGAUUUCGUAGCAAGGAAUCAGAUUGUAGUGAAGGAAGCUAUGAAGGGAAUAGAGGUUCCUUUGAAUAUAAUCAUUUCAAAUAUAAACGUGAUUAUAAAUUAAAAUACUAUCGAGAUUCAAAAUAUGAUAAUAGAACUACUACUUACAACCAUUGGGAUUCAAGUGAUAUAUAUAAGGGAAAUAAUAAUGGAAAAAAAGAAAGAUAUAAAAGUGAAUUUGAUGCAUCUAAAGUUGCGGAACUAAAUAGGGUAAAACGUGAUUUGGAAGUCUCAAGUAGAGAUGACCUAACAGUUCUUGUACUUAAUCUAAAUUUAAAUGCUGCUGAGUAUGAUGUUUAUGAAUUUUUUGCAGCGCAUGCAGGAAAUGUCCGUGAUAUUCGAAUAAUUAGAGAUCAAAGAUCUGGUAGAUCAAAGGGUGUUUGUUAUGUAGAGUUUUACACAGCUGAAUCUGUAAUUAAAGCCUUAAAGUUAAGUGGUCAGAGUAUAAUGAAUAGUCCUGUUACAAUACAAGCCUCACAAGCUGAAAAAAAUAGGGCUGCAAAGUUAGCAAAAUUACAAGAACUAGAAGCUGAAAUAGUUCCAUUAAAACUUUAUGUUGGUGGUUUAGUAGAUCAUCUCAGUAAAUUAACUGAAGAUGAAAUUAAUAAGUUAUUUAGAACAUUUGGUCCUAUUAAAUCUGUAGAGAUACCAAGAGAUCCUCAUACAGAUAAACAUCAAGGUUUUGCAUAUGUAACAUUUCAAAAAACAAUAGAUGGUCAUGAAGCUAUGAGAGCUUUAAAUAACUAUGAAAUUGCAGGACAAAGAAUUACUGUAGCUCUUUCUGUGGAUACUCCAACUAAUAAUUCUAUUGGAUCUACUUCAAGUAUUAAUGUUAUGUCAUAUGCACCAUCAAUUUCAAUAGAUUUAUAUGGUGAUACAGAAAAAUUGGAGGAUGUAGAUGGUGGUUUAUUAAGUGGAGCUUCCUCUCGUUCUAUAUUAAUGAAAAAACUUCAAGAACGUGAAUUUGGACGUACUGAGACUCAAUUAAUUCCUCAAGAUGAAAUACUAAAAACUAGUUCUAGAUGUCUUGUAUUAGGUAAUAUGUUCACUAGAGAAGAAAUUUUGGAUUCAAAAGGAGAUAUUGAUAUCAUAACUCUUGAAGAAAUAGAAAAAGAUGUUGAAUCUGAAUGUAAAAAGUAUGGUGAAGUUUUAGAAUGCCGUAUUGAUCAUAAAAAAUGUGAUGGAAAAGUAUGGAUAAAAUAUAAAGAAGCUAUCUAUGCUAAAAAGGCAUCUCAAGCUUUCAAAGGAAGGUUUUUUGGUGGUAGACCUGUUCAAAUAGAUCUUGUUUCAGAAGAUACAUUUCCAAUAAUAUAA